UGCUAAGUUCUUGUUCAAUUUGGGUUGUUACUUAAUCCCUAUGAACAGUGCAGGAAGUAAGCAGCCAAGGAGAUGAAUCUUGAAACUGCAAGCUCAAGCUCAGGUCCUUCAGUGCCACAACAACCGAAUCUACCUCGAUCAGAUCUACUCGCAGACGAAAGUAGAGAAGACUACUUGGAGAUUUGUUGUGGAUUUCAAACAGCAUCAGACAAAGGAGACUGGAAAGCCGCUGAAGCCAUCCUUGAGCAAAAGCCAGAGCUGAUACGUUAUGCUUUCACCCAUAAUUUUGACACACCACUUCACAUUGCAGCAAUGGCAAAUAGCACCAAGUCCAUGGAAAAGUUUGUGGAAAAGCUAGUGAAUUUGAUGGAUGUGGAGGAUUUAGAACUACAUAACAAAAAUUACCAGACAGCCCUCAGUAUUGCUGCAUCAACGGGAAAUAUCAAAAUCGCAAAGAUUAUGUUGAAAAAGAACAAAUCCUUGCUGGAAAUUCCCAAUAGUGAAGGAAUGAUGCCACUCCAUGUGGCUGCUAUGUAUACAAACACCAAUAUGGUGAGGUAUCUCUACGAUAAAUCCAAGAAAAUGACUACUGAUUCAUGGAGACUCGAAAAUCGGGGGUGGGUUCUUCAGACUUGUGUUGAAGCUAAUCAUUUUGAUGUUGCUUUACAAAUAGUGAACGACCACCCUGAACUCAUCUCCAACAAGAGAUUACUUGGAGAUUUACUCUUAUGUUUGGCUAGGAAUACUAAUGCAUUGAAAGGAAACAAACCAAAUAUUAUCUCGAGGAUCGUUAAGUCAAUUUUUGCAGUGUCUCAUGCUGAAUGUGAAAGUGAUCAUGAUGCCCUGAAGUUAUUAAGAAUACUUAAAGAAAAGAUGGUCAGAAUGCGCGAGAAUGACUUUAAUGAGAUACUCAAAGAGCCACCUUUCGAAAUUGAGAAGGGGCAACAAAAGAAGACAACGUACCCUUCCCGAUUACUUUUUGUUGCUCUUGAACAUGGUAACACAAGAUUUAUACUCGAGCUCAUUCGGUUAUAUCCAUUACAUCCAGAACUAAUCCUCAUGGUGGAUGACAAAGGGCGUAGUAUAUUUCACAUAGCUGUCAAAUAUCGUAAAGCAGAUAUCUAUAAUUUGUUAUAUCAGAUAGGCUCGAUGAAAGAAUCAAUAAUCUGUAUGAAAGAUGUGAAAGGCAAUAAUUUGUUGCACUUUUCUGCAAAGCUUGGUAAGCUAAAAGAGUUUGUUUACAUGCCAGGAGCGCCUAUACAAAUGCAACAGGAGUUAUUGUGGUUCAAGGAUGUAUGUAGAGCAGAUGAUGCCUCAUGCUUAUAGACAGGAAACAAGCAAGUAUGGUGAAACACCACAUGACCUGUUCAACAUGAAGCAGCAUCAUCUAGCUAUCAAAUGUGAGAAGUGGGCGAAGGAGAAUACUAAAAGAGAUCUUGUGGUUGCGACAAUCUUAGCAUUUGCAUCUGCUUUUACACUUGGAUAUUAUAACCGUUACCAAAACAUUCAUCUUCCUAUGUUCAACCAGAGACCAACCCACAAUCUUAUUGUGAUUGCAAGUUUCACUUCAUUACAAUCCUCUUCAACCUUAGCCCUCAUAUCUCUUAAUUAUACCAGACCUCAUUUCUUGGAAUCAUUACCCAAAAAGCGGAUGUUGGUUCUUGCCGCAAUGUUUCUAUCCUUUGUGACAUUGAUGGUUGCUGUGAAUGCUUUCCUUUUCUUAUUUUACAGUGAAAGACAGAAAUGGAUACCAAUCAUGUUUUCUGGUUUUGCUGGUAUCAUCAUUCUACUUUGUGGAGUGUUAUUGUACUUGGCCCUUGGAUCCGGGUAUCUCUUGAAGCCCAAGAAACGUAGUAUGUCUUAAUAUUAAAAUAGUUGAAAUGUUUGUUAAUUUCUAAGAUGUAUUGUUGUUGGUUAUAAUGCACAUGGAUGACGCUGACUAUGUAUUUGUUUGAAGUUGUUGAAAUAUAUAGAUAUAAAUUUAGUCUUGGUGUA